UCAUCAGGAGCCGGGUGGAAGCCUUGGGUUUUCUUCAAAAUUUGAAACAGUUAAUUUGGGGCAGAAGGAUGGAGAUUUGAUUUAGUUUAGUUUGUAUAUAUGCAAACAUUUUAGUCAUUUCAUAUUAAAUUUUUGCUUCAUCCAACAGAAAUUGGCCCGGUCAAGAAUGGUGGGAGCAAAUUUGAAAGCGGAGGCAAUGAGUUUGAUGGAAAAGCGAACGGCCGUCGAAGCCGAGAUGAACGCCAUCAUCCAACGUCUCUCUACACCUGACGGCCCUGGUCUGUCCGGCAAUCUCAUAGACGCUGAGGGCUUUCCUCGUUCUGAUAUUGAUAUACCUCUUGUUCGAGCUGAACGGCGUCGUCUAGCUGAGUUGCGAAAUGAUCAUAAGGAGAUUACUGAGAAAAUAAAUGAAAAUAUACAACUUCUGCAUUCGGGUAGGGUCUCUACUGUAUCUACAUCUGUCAAAGAUGCAGGUAACAAUGCAGAGUCAAAUAAUCAAAACCCAUCGCUUGUCAAUGCUGCUUCGUCUGCAUCCCCAAGCAAUUUUAUUCAGAGAGAUUCUUCUGCUGCCUUGGAUGUGGAUGUGAUUAUCAGCAAACCGUUUGCACUUAUUGAUGAAAUUACUGAUGCAUCUCCAUCGGCAGAGGAUGGCUUACAGCUUGGAGAUCAGAUUGUGAAAUUUGGAAAUGUAGAAGCUGGUGAGAAUUUGCUACAAAGGCUUGCUUUUGAAGGCCAGUCAAAUCAGGGUCAAGCAGUACCUGUAGAAAUAAUGAGGCAAGGUGCUCUCAUCAACUUGUCAGUGACACCCCGAAAAUGGCAAGGCAGGGGUUUGCUGGGAUGUCAUUUCCGGAUCUUAUAGGUGGUCACAAUUUCAAUUCAUAUUUUGGAGGAUGUGAUACUUGGUAAGGUGUUUUCUUACUGGUGUAAUGUGUGGAUUUGAUGGACUUAUUUGACACAAAAACCCUAUUUGUCUGUCUUUGUAUCUAUAAAACAAUUUAAUAUAUUGUCUAACCCUUUUACAAAUUCUACUGAUGUGUUCAAUGGUAUUAUCCUCUUGAUUGAAUAGACACCGAUCAUUCGCUA